GAUAAACCCUUUCUUUCCCAUACACCUUCUCUCAUUCUAAAACCAUGAGAUCUAUUAAACCCUUGAAGAAAUUCUUCACUUCAUCAACACCAACCCUAUUCAUAAACCCUACUUCUAAUCAAACUCUCUCAAAUCCCAUUUCACCCUCAUCAUCAAUCAAACACUUCUCACAAAAAACUUCAAUCCCUAAUAAACAAGAAAGAGUAAGAGACCAUGGAUUUGAUGAUUACAUGGAAACUCACAAAAAGAUCAUCAAAAUACUCAAAUUCCAAACCAUAAUUCUAUCACAACCCAAUCAAACAAUCAACAUUGCUCGUCUCGACGCGCUGUCUCGGCGUAUUGGAUUCAAACAAUUUGAAGCAGGUACAUUUGUGCUUAAAUUUCCUCAUAUUUUCCAAGUUUAUGAACACCCAGUUCAACGUAUACUAUACUGUCGUCUUACUAGAAAGGCAUUUGUACAAAUUGAACAAGAAAAACAAGCUAUUGAUGAACAAAUUGAUGAUGCUGUUACUCGUCUUAGGAAAAUUUUGAUGUUGUCUAAUACUGGGAGAAUUCGGCUCGAGCAUAUUCGGAUUGCAAGGCUUGAUUUAGGGUUACCUGAGGACUUUGAGAUUUCGGUAGUUUUGAAAUAUCCACAGUAUUUUAGACUCUUUGAUGCUGAAGAUACUAGGCAUAAGUAUAUUGAGAUUGUUAAGAAAGAGCCUUAUUUGGGGAUUUCUGCGAUUGAGAGGUUAAGGGAGGGGGAAUAUAGAGAAAGGGGUAUUGAUGCUGAGAAUAUAAGGUUUUCUUUUAUUGUGAAUUUUCCGCCGGGGUUUAAGAUAGGUAAAUAUUAUAAGAUUGCUGUAUGGAAAUGGCAAAGAUUACCUUAUUGGUCUCCGUAUGAGGAUAUAUCAGAUUAUGAUCUUCGAUCAUUGGAGGCGAAGAAGCGAAUGGAGAAACGGGCUGUUGCUAUGAUUCAUGAGUUGUUGUCGUUAACAGUAGAGAAGAAGCUUAGUUUGGAGAGAAUUGCGCAUUUUAGAACGCCAAUGGAUUUACCUAACAAGCUUAAGGAGUUUUUACUUCAGCAUCAGGGUAUAUUUUAUAUUUCAACAAGGGGGAAUCAGGGGAAGCUUCAUACUAUUUUUCUGAGAGAAGCUUAUAGAAAAGGGGAGCUUGUAGAGCCUAAUGAUUUAUACUUGGCUAGGAGAAAGUUGGCGGAGUUGAUAAUGUUGGGCGCUAGAAAGGCAAAUACGAGCCGGGAAUUGGGCACCUUUAGGAGGGCUAGGGGAGCUGAUGAAAUCAGGGGGAUUAGAACUGAGUUUGUUGAAACGAAUGGUGGAGGUCUCACGUCUGAAGACAAUGUUGUAAAAUAUGGGGAGGAAGAAGAAGAGGAAUUGAGCUUGAGCAAUAGUUUUGAUUGGGGGAGAGAUGGCAAUGAAGAAGAGGGCAAUACAGAUGGUGAUCAAGAAGAGGAUAGUGCCUGUUCGAGAUCAAUUAGUGAUUCGGAAGAUAUUGAUAAUGACAGUGAUUUUGUAGGAUCCACUGAUUCAGAUGAUGCUCAUGCUAAGAGCGAGUGAAUGAGACACCUAUCUAUAUAGGUGUCGAAUGUUUCGGAAAGCAUACACCUUGGCCGGAUUGUAUAAUUUUAUUGUGUCUGAGAUGUCCAACUGGGAAAGAAAAGGCUUCUUGGGAAUAGAUAAAUUUGAAGAGUGAUGUUUUCCUGUUGGGCACUAUCCUGCAUGAUCCUUACUGUGUGCCCGGGAGCUCCCAAAUGCAGGUGGGGAAUUUCGCGAUAGAUGGAUCGAAUAAUUCGUUUAAUGCUACUUAUCCAAAUCGGUCAGAGUUUUAAUGUUUAGCAGAAAAGUUUGAGGAAUUUUGAGAGACAAUGUGGCGUGGCUAGAAGACUAAGCUGCCAGAGAUGCUGUGCUUGAAUUUCUAUCAGUUGAGAACAACAUAUAUUUCCGGAUUUGAAGCCUCCAGAAAGUGGGUUAGUGAAUUGGACUUGCCAGAUUCAGAAUACUGGAAUGAACUAGAGUACUUGACAUACCAUAUUCAGACAGUCUGCCAGUUCCCACCCGCUAAAUUUAUCUAUGCAUCUACCUUCAAUGGUCUAUUCGUCGAUAUAACCAUCAGUCAGUGCUUUUGACAGUGCAUCUUGUUACAAAAGCAUAAUAUGCUCAAAUGGAACCUAAUAUUUGAUUGGGUCACGCGAGUGUGAUUUUCAGGACAGUGAAAAAUCAUGAUGAAGAGAUGUCAAGCCAAAGCGGCCGCAACUGGUGUCCUCGCUCAAUGUAGACUUAAGUUGAUGUCUGUAACCUUUUAUGCUGCUAGUUUAGGUUCAUUAGUUUCUCUAUUUUGUCCCAUACAUAGGAGAAAGGGAUCAAGGAUAAAUCUCAUAUAUAAUUCGUAUUUAGCAUUUAUAUCCGCAUAUGGGAGAGUGUGGAAGAUCUAUGUUCUGAGAAUUGUGUAGUGGUGUUGCCUGGUGUGUAUUGAUAUCAAGAGAUAAACUCUAUUUGCUCAUAGUUGUUGAUCCUUUUCCGGAAGUGUAGCCUCUGCAGUUAGUCAGCGUUAAUACAUAGUUACCAUCUUGAAGGGCCCUUUGACUUAGGCUAGCAAAACUUUAAACUAUUGUAUGCUUGCCUGCUCUAUAUUGAAAUAUUAUUAGCACAUGAGCACACAUCGCACAAUUCCAUUACCUGUUGUAUGUGUGGCUUAUUCGCGAAGUGUAGGCCAAGGAAGGAUUGUAAAUGUGGAUGACCUUUUUUUUCUGUCGUGUUUGGGAAUCUUCUUCUAUUUUCCUCUGGCAAAUGUUAUAGACUUGUUGUGAUAAUAGUAGUUAUAGACUUAUUGUGAUAAUAGUAGACAUGAGGUUUUUU